AUGAGCGCUUUUCUUGAUUUCACCAACAGCACUGUCACCACCAGUGACCUGUACACAGACUACAACACAAACUACAGUCAGUAUGAGGAUCUCGAGGAGCCAGUGGGGGGGCGGGUCGCACUGGCCGUCUUCUACUCUGUGGUGUUUGUGUUCAGCCUCAGCCUCAACCUCCUGGUGCUCACCGUCAUCUACAUGUUCGAGAAGCUGACCACAGUGACCAACCUGCUGCUGCUGAACCUGGUCCUGUCCUCUCUGCUCUUCAUCAGCAGCGUCCCCUUCGUGGCCGUGUACGAGUUCUUCCAGGACUGGCCCUUUGGAGGCCCCAUGUGCAAGAUAGUCAGCAGCCUCUACUUCCUGGGUUUCUUCAGCUCCGUGCUCUUUCUGACCCUGAUGACCUACGAUCGACACCUGGCCGUAGUCUAUUCUGUCACGGCGGCGCGUCUGAGGUGCAGGACCUACGCGCUGGUCUCCUGUGCGGCCGUGUGGGUGGUCAGUGCUCUGGCCUGCAUCAAACCCAUGAUCGUGCAGUCGCUUCUUUACCUGCCUGCAGAUGAGCGCACCCUCUGCCAGACGGACGCGGUGAAGGAGACGCCAGCUCUGAAGGCGCUGGGUUUCUACGUCCAGCUGCUUCUCUUCUUCCUCUUCCCUCUGCUCCUCAUCAUCUACUGCUACAUGCGCAUUGUCUGCACCGUGCUCUCCUCAAACAUCGUGACCAAGUUCAAGACUCUGAGGCUGAUCUUUCUCAUCGUGCUGCUGUUUUUCAUCUGCUGGACGCCGUUUAACGUGGUCACGCUCCUGCAGCAAAGGGCCUCGACUACUGAAGAGGUGGAGCGGUGGGCCAGCUGGGGCAGGGACAUUUAUAGGUUCACUUAUCUCUACUUCUGCAUCAGUCCCAUUUUCUACACCUUUGUGGGGAAGAAGUUUCAGAACUAUUUCCUCUUGCUGUUGGUGAAACGGUUCCCGAGACUGAAGAGACACGUGUCUGUCAGUAACAGUAGGACCACCGUGCAGACUAGAAUUCCACCCCGCGCCGCCAGAGGUCUCACCCCGGCCCCGUCCGCACAUGUGGGGCUUGUUGCUGUUGUGGAGGUCUGGCUGAAGCUACACUCUCCUCGCGUGGAGUUUCUUUCCCUGGAGCAACAUGCGGAACCUGGUGCUGCCUCACAGUCGUCCAUCACAGAGUAUGACCCGCACACAAGGGAGGUGCUGAGUGAGGCGUCUCUCAGUGCUGAGGGCUUCCUUCCUGCAGACGGAGGUGGGACAGUAGUCGGACUUCAGGACUUGGCAGAACUAGAAUCAGCGUGUGUGGCCACCGCUGCAGGGGACGUCAUACUCUACAACUUCAGCUCUUCACAGUUUGAGUGUGUGGGGAGUGUGGACAGUGGCCUCACUUCAAUGAGCUGGAGUCCAGACGAAGAGCUUGUCAUCUUUACCACAGGUCAGGACACAUUCAUAAUGAUGACCAAAGACUUUGAACCCAUCACUGAGGUUGGGAUUCAUCAAGAAGACUUUGGCGAAGGUAAGUUCAUCACCGUGGGCUGGGGAAAGAAGGAGACUCAGUUCCAUGGCUCUGAGGGGAAACAAGCGGCUCAGAAGAAAGCAUUGGAGCUGCAGCCGGCCCCUGAGUGGGACGACCACGGGCCCAGGGUGUCAUGGCGAGGGGACGGGCAGCUGUUCGCUGUGAGUGCAGUGUGUCCACAGAGUGGAGCUCGGAGGGUCCGGCUCUGGAGCCGAGAGGGAGUGCUCCAGGCCACAAGUGAAGCCAUCAGUGGACUGGAGCAGCCUCUCUGCUGGAGGCCUUCUGGAAGUCUUAUCGCCAGCACUCAGCGACAACCCAACAAACACUGUGUGGUCUUUCUGGAGAAGAAUGGGCUUCAGCACGGAGACUUCACUCUGCCCAACAGCAGGAGCCAGACCAAGGUGAAGGAUCUCUGGUGGAACAGUGACUCCACAGUGUUGGCUUUGUGGCUGGAGGACCCCAGUGCUGCUGGAGAAGGAAGGCUCACUACUCAAUUUCAGUUAUGGACGACUGGAAACUACCACUGGUACUUGAAGCAGAGCCUGGACUUCGGGGAUGACCCUCACAGGGCUCCAGUGUGCAUGUGCUGGGACCCGGUGCGGCCUCUGCAGCUGCAUGUGGUGCUGCGGGACUGGACCACUCUCACGUACGAGUGGAGCUGGACCACAGAGUGCAGCCGAGGGAACGAUGGGAACGACGAUGCCAGUGUGGCCGUGAUCGAUGGAAGUAAAAUCCUUGUGACCAACUUCAGGCAGUGCGUUGUUCCUCCUCCCAUGUGCUCCUAUGAACUGCAGCUGACCGCAGCAGCAAACCAGGUGGUGUUUCUGUGCCAGCCCGGCAGGACCAGGGAGCUGGCUGCAUAUAGCGCUGACGGACGUAUCUCGGUGUUUGGUCCAGACGCAGAAGAGAAGGUCAACACAAACAUCAAUGGCUUCAGGACAGUGUGUCAACCCCUGGUCUUACAGAAAACAUACAGCAUUGACCUGGUCCUGGAGUGUCCUCUGGAGCUGCAUCACCUGCUGUGGCUCAGAGAAGACCUGUUUGUGGCUGUGAGAGCAUCCGGAGGGACAAACGGUUCCAAAGUGCUCUUCCUCGGUCCCUCUCAGGCCUCGGACCAAGCGCUCUCUGUCAGGUUUGAGGUGGAGGUGUCUGGGGCUGUGCUCAGUGUGGCUCACAGCGCUCACAACGGCUCCGUGGCUCUGCAGCUGGAGGAUGGACGCAUCAGAAAGCUUCUCUGGGACUGCGCAGAGCCGUCAGUGGAGGACUGGGAAGACCCCAGAGGCGGUUUCGUCCGGUUCCCUGUUGUGUGUGUCCAAACUGUGCUGUGCAACAUCGGCCAGGAGGAGUGUGUGCUGGGUCUGACGGACAGAUGCCACUUGUACGCUGGAGACGCUAAGCUUGCGUCCAAUGUUUCGUCCUUCACAGUCUGCAACGACUUCCUUCUGGUCACCACCCACUCGCACAGCUGCAGAUGUCUCCAGCUAUCCUCCCUGACUGUGAAAGACCUGCAGGGGGCGCUGGCUGCAGACGGAGGACAGAAUGACGAGACCGUGCGCAGAGUGGAGAGAGGGGCUCGGGUCGUGACGGUGGUGCCCCAGGACACCAGAGUCAUCCUACAGAUGCCCCGAGGGAACCUGGAGACUGUGCAUCACCGGGCUUUGCUGCUGGCUCAGCUCCGAACGUGGCUGGACAGUCUGCGAUUCAAGGAGGCUUUUCUGUGUAUGAGGAAACUUCGAAUCAACUUGAAUCUCAUUUACGACCAUAAUCCAAAGUUAUUCUUAGACAACACGGAGACUUUUAUCACACAACUCGGCUCCAUCAACCACAUCAACCUAUUCCUCACAGAGCUCAAAGAGGAGGACACCACGCAGACCAUGUACCCGAGGCCAGACGACCGCCCUCUGCCCCCUCUCAAAGUGACGGGCACAAAGGUGGACGCGGUGUGUGACGCGCUGAGGCACACGAUGGAGGCCAUGGACGCAAACAGGUAUUGCUUGUCCGUUCUGACCGCUCACGUGAGGAAGACCGUCCCGGAGCUGGAGAUCGCUCUGCAGAAAGUCCAUGAACUUCGAGUGAACCCUCCCCCUGCUCCUGCUGCUGCUCCUGCUGCUGCUCCUGCUGCUGCUCCUGCUGCUGCUCCUGCUGCUGGUCCUGCUGCUGCUGUGACUGCUGAGGAGGCUCUGAAGUACCUGCUCUUCCUGGUGGACGUCAAUGACCUGUAUGAACACUCUCUGGGCACGUAUGACUUUGACCUGGUGCUGAUGGUGGCCGAGAAGUCUCAGAAGGAUCCAAAGGAGUAUCUGCCGUUUCUGAACAUGCUGAAGCAGCUGGAGCCCAGUUAUCAGCGCUACACCAUCGACAAGUAUCUGAAACGUUACAGGAAGGCUCUGGCUCAUCUCAGUCAGUGUGGAAACGAACAUUUCCCUGAGGUGCUGCAGCUGGUCAAAGAGCAGAAACUCUACACUGAAGCUCUACGUUUAUUUACUGCUGACAAGACUCAGUACAAGGCGCUGACCGUUGCCUUCGCAGAGCACCUGGUGGGGCACCAGCAGAUGGAGCAGGCCGGGCUGCUGCUGUGGAGGUGUGGAGAGACUCACUCCGCUCUGCAGAGCUUCGUGAGCUGCUGUAGCUGGAGACAUGCCCUGUGUGUGGCUCAGCUCAUCCCUCUGCCUCCAGACCAGCUGGCUCUGCUGGCCCGGGACAUCGCAGAAAAGCUGAGUGAUCAGCGCCGUUAUUCUGAGGCUGCUCUCCUGCUGGAUCAGUAUGCUAAUGACUGUGAGGAGGCCAUCUUGGCUCUGAUCACUGGAGCUGUUUGGGAUGAGGCUCUGCGAUUGAUUCACAAACACCAAAGACAGGACAUCACUGAGACCAACCUCAAACCUGCUUUGUUAGAAGCGUUCAGUGCUCAAACCACUUUCCUGGAAACUCAGCUGUGCACGUUCACACGUCACAGGAGCAGACUGGCUGUGGUCCGAGAGCAGAAGCUGAAGGCCAGGGCGGACAUGCUCGAUGAAGAGGGUCCAGACUGUGCUGAUGCAGAGCUGUUCAGUGAGGCCAGCAGCGUCCUGACCGGCUCCAAAUACUCCCAGAGCAACUCUCGCGUCUCGUCGAGGUCAUCCAAAAACCGACGCAAGGCAGACCGAAAGAAGCUGAGUCUGAAAGAAGGAAGCCCGAUGGAGGACAGGGCUCUGGUCCAUGCCCUGGGGGAGAUCGUCACAACUGUGGAUAAAAUGAGAGAGGAGGUGCACGGCCUGCUCAAGAUGCUGGUUCUGUUUGAGUUUGGGCGACAGGCGCAGAGGCUCCAGGAGCAGUAUUCCGAGGCCCUGAGUCUGCUGGAGACCGCCCUGCCCGAGGUGUGGCCCGACAACGCACUCGGCAGCGCUCCGCUAACCGGACCCAACAGCACGGCUAACAGCAUCUCAGCUUCCUUCCAGCAGCCGAGUCCAGCCGCCCCCCCUCAAACUCAGCCUCCAGAUGCGGAGAUUCAGGCCGUACCAAAGAUGAGAAGUAAUAUCAAAUGGAAGCUCAUGGUUCUUACUUGA